GUUGUCACUGCAUAGGUACUUUUGCUUUCCAAACUUCUCAACAAUAAUUUAGAAUAGAUUUUUUUCGUAUUCAUUAUACAACUAGAGAAAUUUCGUCAUAAAUUUUUACAUGUUUAUUAAACAAGUUUCUUCAAUAACUUUUUGUUGUAAAUUUUUGAGUAAACCGCCUGCUCUAUUCACACAACGCAGCAAAAAUCAUUUAAUUAAAUUUUUGUCAACGAGCUAUCUUCCAUCAGUAGUUUUGAAUCAAAGUUUCAGAAGAGGGAUGAGUAGCUCAAGUCCUGCUGAAUUUGCAACUGUUGCAGGAGAGUCUAGGGCGAAUAAGAUGCCUUCAAAAAGUGGCUUGGAUUUAGAACCAAUAUUAAGGCUAAACAACAUAGAAAAGAGUCAGCAAGAUACACGCGACUAUAGAGGGCUACAAUUGCAGAAUGGUAUUAAAGUCUUACUUGUUAGUGAUACUAAAACUGAUGUGUCAGCUGCCGCUUUAGCAGUACAAGUCGGUCAUAUGUCGGAUCCUGAUAAUUUGCCAGGAUUAGCUCAUUUUUGUGAACACAUGCUUUUCUUGGGAACAGAAAAGUAUCCUCACGAGAACGGCUAUACAACUUAUCUUUCUCAAAGUGGAGGUAGUAGUAAUGCAGCUACUUAUCCUCUAAUGACUAAAUAUCAUUUCUAUGUGGCCCCCGAAAAAUUGGAUGAGGCUCUAGAUCGAUUUGCUCAGUUUUUUAUUGGACCCCUAUUUACACCAAGUGCCACGGAACGAGAAAUUAAUGCUGUGAAUUCCGAACAUGAGAAAAACCUUUCAAGUGAUGUUUGGCGCAUAAAACAGGUUCAAAGACAUUUAGCAAAAGCAGGCCAUGCUUACAAAAAAUUCGGCAGUGGUAAUAAAACUACCCUAUACGAAAUUCCAAAACAAAACAACAUUGAAAUUCGAGAUGAAUUGCUUAAGUUUCAUAAGCAGUGGUAUUCAUCCAACAUUAUGAGUUUGGCAGUAAUUGGAAAAGAGACACUUGAUGAACUGGAACAAAUGGUUAUGGAAAAGUUUUCAGAAAUUGAAAAUAAAAAUGUUGAAGUACCACACUGGCCCAGAGAGCCUUACGAUGAAGAUCAGUAUGCACAAAAGGUGAUGAUUGUGCCAGUUAAAGAUCUGCGUUCUCUAACAAUUAGUUUCACAACCGAUGAUCUAACUCAAUUUUAUAAAUCUGCCCCAGACAGCUAUUUAUCACAUUUAUUAGGUCAUGAAGGUAAAGGCAGUUUAUUGUCGGAAUUGCGACGUUUGGGUUGGUGCAAUGAUUUGUUGGCAGGUCAUCAGAAUACCUUGAAUGGUUUUGGUUUCUUUGAAAUUUCCAUAGAUUUAACUCAGGAAGGAAUUGAUCAUGUUGAUGACAUAAUUGAAAUAGUAUUUCAAUACCUUAAAAUGCUACGUGAGCGUGGACCACAAAAAUGGAUUUUUGACGAGUGCGUGAAAAUUAAUGAAAUGCGCUUUAGUUUCAAGGAAAAAGAGAAGCCGGAACGUUUGGUUACUGGUGUUGUAACUUGUAUGCAGGUUUAUCCUUUGGAACAAGUUUUAACUGCCCCCUAUCUCAGUGAUGAAUGGAGACCAGAUUUGAUCACCAAACUCCUGGAUGAGUUGGUGCCAUCUAAAUGUCGUGUUAUAGUUAUUGGCCAAAAUUAUGAAAAAGAAGCCAACUUAGUCGAGCCUUACUAUCAAACUAAAUAUGGAACUUGUAAAAUUGAUAAAAACACCCUAAAGAAAUGGGAGAAUUGUGCUUUGAAUGAAAAUUUAGACUUGCCCUUGCCAAAUGCCUUUAUACCCGAGAAUUUUGAAUUGGCACCAUUCGAUAGUGAUUUAUCAAAACACCCGGUUAUUAUCAUGGAUACCCCGAUUUUGAGAGUUUGGCAUAAACAGGAUAAUUUUUAUUUGAAACCAAAAGCCUGUAUGUCGUUUGAUAUGUCAAAUCCAAUUGCUUAUUUGGACCCAUUGAAUUGUAAUUUAAAUUAUUUGAUGGUGGCCUUAAUAAAAGAUCAACUGAAUGAGUAUCUCUACGAUGCUGAUCUGGCAGAUUUAAAACUGCAAGUUGCACCCCGAUCAAAUGGAAUUGAUUUUACCAUCACUGGUUAUAACGACAAACAAGUUGUGCUAUUAAAAAAACUUCUUGAUCAUUUGUUUGAUUUCAACGUUGAUGAAAAACGUUUCCAUAUACUUAAAGAUGAAUACAAACGUUCUCUAAAGAACUUCAGUGCUGAACAACCUUACCAACACUCCAUAUACUACUUAGCUCUGCUAUUAACUGAAAAUGCUUGGGCAAAUAGUGAACUUUUAGAUGCUAUGGAACUUGUAACCUUUGACCGUGUUCUCAAUUAUGCAAAAGAGUUUUUCUCCCGUCUACAUACUGAAAGCUUUAUUUAUGGUAAUGUAACAAAACAACAAGCUCUCGAAAUAGCUGGUCUGGUAAAUAAACGCUUGGAAGGAACAAAUGCAAUGGUAUUGCCUUUGCUGGCACGACAGAUGCUUGCCAAAAGAGAAUAUAAAUUAUGUGCUGGCGACAGUUAUUUAUUCGAAAAGGAUAAUAAUUAUCACAAAAGUUCUUGUGCUCAAUUAUACUUUCAAUGUGGACCUCAAACAGAUCGCAGCAAUAUUAUGGUCAAUUUAAUAGCACAAAUUUUAACGGAGCCUUGCUAUGACUGCUUGCGGACAAAGGAACAAUUGGGCUAUAUUGUGUUUAGCGGUAUGCGCAAGGUCAAUGGCGCAAAUGGUAUACGUAUUAUUGUACAAUCAUCUAAACAUCCAUCUUAUGUAGAGGGUCGUAUUGAAACUUUCCUUGAUAACUAUUUGAAAGCAAUCGAACAAAUGUCCCAGGAGGAAUUUGAUCGACAUAAAGAGGCUUUGGUGGUGAAAAAACUGGAAAAACCGAAAACAGUAAAUUCACAAUUUAGUUUAUUUUACAAUGAAAUUGCAUUGUCGCAAUAUCAUUUUGAACGCAGUGAAGCAGAAGUUGAAAUCCUUCGUAAUAUUACCAAGGACGAAUUACUUGAGUGUUAUAAAACUUUUAUAGGACGUGAUAGUCCCGAAAGACGAGUACUGGCUAUUCAUAUAGUCUCAAAUCAGAGUCCACAGGAAGACAGCAAGGACGUUGAAAAACCAACGGAUGAUGAUAAUGUAAAUGCUGUAUUGGACCGACAUGCUAAAAUCACAGACUUGGUUGCUUUCAAAUCAAGCAAAGAACUUUAUCCCUUGUGUUCACCAUUCCUUGACAUAAGGGCCAAAGGAGCACGCAGCAAAUUAUAAAUUAAGUUAAUACGAUACUUUAAAAAUUGUAUUUUAAAAUAGAAACUUUUGUAAAAAAAAAGUAAAAAACUACUGUAAUAAACUUUAUUAUCAAAUAAAGAAACUGUUAAGUAAAAGUUCUACUA